CCGGCCUGGCGACUUGUGCUCCGUGCACGCCGCCACUUUCUCCACACUCUCGCGAGCCCUGCGCGUCGUUUCUCGCUUCUCCCGAUCGCUCAGUUUCCCGCUCCCUCGCGGCAACCCUGCCCUUUCCCGUUCCCGACACCGAGUUUCACAACUUUUCAACGCUCUUGGAACUUGUAAAGUUCCCGCGCUCUCGUCUUCGAGUUCAGCUCAGGCCGGAACCUCGACGUCGGUCGAGAUCGUAUCGGUGGUAGUCGGCGCGUGGACGUCGAGCACUCGCAGGUCGGCCGCGGAUGCGGUCGUAAGAGACGAGUGCGAGGCCUCAAGGAGGCCGCCGCCACGCUGUUCCCGCCGCAGCUUGGGUGCGUGUCCUACGUGACGCCGUGCGCCUGCUGCCCGCCGCUGAUCCUGCAGCACCCGCAUCCGCACCCGCUCCCGCUGCCCCUCACGUUGCCCAUCACUCUCCCUCUCCAAUCCAUUGACCCCCAAGUCGCUAAACACCAACGGCUGCUGCUCUCUAACAUGGUACGUGGGUGUUGUUAGAGAAAGUUCACGUAGAUUUCAUUCAUUUCUAACUGCGUGAGUGAAACUUCACUACUUGAGUGCAGCAACGGGCGUUACGUGGCGUCCGAAACGGUAAGCACCGUCCUGAACAUGCGAGACGCCCAUCAAAAUAGAGGCUCCGACGAGCUUCUUUCGCAGAGUGGCGUCACCGUCAUGGCGCCCGCCGCUCCGCACCACGCCGACAACAACAACCAAGAUUCUGCCGCUAAAAAGGUGAAACUGGAACAGAACGUGGGCAAGCCGUCCCGGGUGAUCCACAUACGGAAUAUCCCCAAUGAGACGACGGAGGCGGAGAUCAUCCAGCUGGGGCUGCCCUUCGGAAGGGUCACCAACGUGCUCGUGCUCAAAGGCAAAAAUCAGGCAUUCUUGGAAAUGGCAGAGGAGAUCUCGGCAGUGGCCAUGGUGGCGUACUUCGGCGGAUGCGUUGCCCAGCUGCGCGGGCGCGCCGUCUACGUCCAGUUCUCCAACCAUAAAGAGCUCAAGACAGACCAGACACACAGCAAUGCCUUGGCAAACAGGCAGGCUAAUGAUCCAAUGUCUGCGUCGGCGCAAGCGGCCCUGCAGGCCGCGCAGGCGAUCUCCAAUAGCGCAGGCGCAGCGUUGGUAGCUGGCGCCGCUGGCACGGCUCUGCAGCCAGCCAAUGGCGGCACGGAAAUACAGGGUGGUCCCAACACGGUGCUGCGUGUAAUCAUUGAGCACAUGCUAUACCCGAUAGUGCUCGAUGUGCUGUACUCAAUCUUCCAGCGGUAUGGCAAGGUGCUCAAGAUCGUCACGUUCACCAAGAACAACUCGUUCCAAGCCCUAAUCCAGUAUCCAGACACUGUAUCAGCGCAAACGGCAAAAACGGCUUUGGACGGACAGAACAUCUACAACGGUUGCUGCACGCUCCGCAUCGACUACUCAAAGAUGACCUGUCUGAACGUCAAAUACAACAAUGACAAGUCGCGAGACUACACAAACCCGACCCUGCCAUCAGGGGACGGCGACGCCCAUCAACUGUUGACCAGUGGAGGAGUUCUGGCGCCUCAGUUCAUAGGUCUGGGGUCCGGGCUGGCUUCCCCGUACGGCGUUGGUGUCAACAGCGUCGGCCUGCCAACCUUCGGGGCUCUCACACUGACCCCGACCUCCCCCGCUCUCCGCGCCCUCGCCGCACCCCCGCUGCCCCUUGCUACAGUGCUUUUGGUCUCCAACCUCAACGAAGAGAUGGUCACGCCUGACGCUCUCUUUACCCUUUUCGGCGUGUAUGGCGACGUGCAGCGGGUGAAGAUCCUGUACAACAAGAAGGAUUCAGCUCUCAUUCAGAUGGCGGAGCCGCACCAGGCCCAUCUAGCUAUGACCCACAUGGACAAGCUGCGAGUGUUCGGCAAGGCCAUGCGCGUGAUGCUGAGCAAGCACCAGACCGUGCAGCUGCCCAAGGAGGGGCAACCUGAUGCUGGACUCACCAGGGACUACUCGCAGAGCCCCCUCCACCGAUUCAAGAAGCCUGGCAGCAAAAACUACCAGAACAUUUACCCGCCAAGCGCGACAUUGCAUCUUUCGAACAUUCCAGCGACGGUCUCAGAAGAUGAUAUCAAGGACGCAUUCACCAAACGCGGAUUCACUAUCAAGGCGUUCAAGUUCUUCCCGAAGGACCGCAAAAUGGCGCUCGUUCAGCUGCCAUCUAUCGACGACGCUGUUGCAGCUCUCAUCAAGAUGCACAACUAUCAGCUGUCGGAGUCCAACCACCUCAGAGUGUCCUUCUCCAAGUCCAGCAUCUAAACGGAACGACCACAGACUACGGAAUAUCACACACUUUUUGCCAGUCUAACCAUUUCGAGACUCAGCCGCAACUCGUGCCUCUUAACUUGACUUUACUCUAAAAACGUUAUUUUUUAAAUAUGGUGCAUUCGGCCGAGUCCGACACUGGCUGGCGAUAACGUACCUCUCACAUUCGAGAAUUUUACUCGACUGAAAAGUAAAAUAUAAUCUGUAUUACGCUUACUCGGAUCACUAGAAAUUAAGUGCUACUCUAUUUUCUUAAUAAUACGUACGUUUAACUGUUACUGUACUGUACAUCCUAAUCUAAGGUAUCGUCAUGGAGGCAGCUAAGGCUUCACUUUAUAUUUUUACACUCUACUAAACGUACCUAUCUAUACUUACAACAGAGAGGGUUUCUUGUAUGUGUGAUAUUCAUUCCAUUCAUUAUUAUAAUUUAUAUUUUUAAACUCCAGUGAUGUCACUAUGGUUUCUUGAUUAAAUUCUAUUAUCAGAACAGUAUAUAUUCUGCAAUUAGAUUGCGCUAGAUUUAUUUACAUUUGGCAGCUUUAGUAACAUAUAUGUUCUGAUCGCAAUGUAAAACAUUGUCUCAGUUUCGCCCAUGUAUGGUGGUAUGGCCGACUAUGGCCAUACAUUAAAAUCAUUAUUAUCAGAUUGUUAAAAAAAUAUUUCUUUUCACAUAUAAUUUGCAGUUACAAGUCUAAAAUUAUAUUUUAUAAAUAUAUUUUAUUGUCUAUUUUAAUAUGCACAAUUUACUAUUAUUGCAUUUCCUUUUAAGUAUAAUAAUUAUAUAGUUUUGUACGCAUACACAUUUUUCUUAUUUUAUUAUUGCUGGAAUGUUACGUUUAGAAAUGUGUAUGUGUGUGCAAUAUUAGUUUUAGUAAUAAUUUGUAAUAAUAUAUUUUAGACGUCUUCUACGGCCGGCCAACGGCGCCUUAUAACUACUCUACGAUGCUUCCAAACUUGUUUCGUUGUUUAGAAGAAUAUCAUCUGUUUUAGUUUCUUCAAUUAGUUAGUGUAAUCACAACUCUUAUUAAUAGGCAUCUAGAUUUAUAUAUCACUGUUUUAACGUUACGUUCGGUGACAUAAUAGUGACAUGAUGCAUUUAUUUUGAUGUUAAUUUAUAUUAAUGGUAGCUAAAACAGAUUAUAAAUGCUCGUGCAUACAUUUCACUAAGCAGUUAAUUAUAGAAUAGUUAUUUAUUUUGUCUUGUGUCGAAGCGCCGUCGCCAGUGUGGAUAUCAUCACAAUGACGUAUUUUUUAGAAUAAUUUUCAGUAUAUUGUAUUAAGAUGUGUCCACAGUGUCGCGUUGAGUCGCGGAAUCGAAGUAUUGCGAGAUCUGAUCUGCUCUUACGUAUCAGCAGUAUUUACGCUAGGUCACAAUAACUACAUUGAAACAGUAUUUUAGUUAAAUAACUCCUUACUUCAUUUUGUAUAUAGACACCCUACGACUUCGAUGACUAAAGCUUUUCACGCUUCUUGGACUUUGCUGAGUUCUCAAUUGGUUUUCACACGUCUUUGCCUUCUUAAAUUAAUUAAAAUGCGUCUAGUCCAAUUCGAAAGAGAUUAAGUUUGUUGAUAAGUAAAUUUACGUAACGAAAAACUUUUUAUUCGUCUCGAUUCGUCUGAACUCUGUAGAAAAGCUUUUGUAAAAAUGUUUUUUAUAAAUUCGGUAAUAGAUUAUCCAAAUAUAAAACCUAUCUCUUAUUAGGACCAGUUUUAAGUGUUCAGUUACACGUCCAGUUUAUGUGAUUAGGCAAAGAAUGCGUGAAACAGAUACCUGAAUUAUGACGAGUUAAGAUAACAAGCGCCAUUCGCAGAAUGUCAAAAAUGAUCAUCAAUAAUUUUUUGUCGAAUGGAUAAUUAUUAUACAAUUGUAAAUCACAAAUAUUAAGUGGAAAGCAUUACAUAUCUUGACAAUGCCACUGUCGUUCGGUAAUUGUACUAGGUUAGAUUGAAGAUGAAUUAUAGAAUAUACAGAGUGGUUUGCAUGAAGGUAGGACUUUAACGCAUAAGGUGGCACAAACUUCGAAAUGGCUGAGUUGUCCACGAAAAGGAGCGAACGGCCAAGGCGGAAGGCUCAGGAUUUUCAUUGUCAGUUAUUCUAAAUAUAUCCCAUGAGCAGAAUACUGAUGGUCGAAAAUUUUAUUUCAUUUUAAUUACAUAUUAUAGCAAUUUUAAUUCAUUAUAAAAUCACAUAUUUACACUAUUUUAAAUGUAUAUUAUACAUGCAUCACUUACCGUAAUAAAUAUAGAGCUUAGUAAGUUGAUAAAACUGAAAAAUUAGAUUGUCAUUAUGAUGUAAGUUUAAUAGAAAAAUUAUUAUCAUACAAAUUGUAUUAAUCAGUACCUACAUAUGAUAAGGACAUAAAGUAGAUAUUUGGUUUAGAUAAUGUUAGGUGACCAGGGUGUGGUGAUAUUUUGCACGUUUUUGAAAAUGUUUUUCUGGUGCAGGUUUCUGUGCCUGUUCGAAAUAAUGUGAAAAUGGAAUGCGACUGGUGGAGGUUGUUGAGGAGAGAUCGGCGGUAACGCAUUUGUAAUUUUAAAAUAUUAUUAUGUAUUAAAUUAAAAAAACAAAAUCACAAAAAAGGAGAUUACAUAUCCACUGUAUUCAGCGAAGAACGCUACACACAUCCCGUUUCGUUUCUCCAAACGACGUUUUGCUCUUAAAGAAUUCUAAUGGAUCAUUUGCUUCUGCUCAAUCGUAGUCAUUGUAGUAAAUGUGUGUAGCGUUUUCAGGCCUAAACAUUUCUCAGUAAAAUUGGUAUUGACUAAUAGAUAAUUAUAGGGAUUUAUGUGUUUAGAGAAGUAUUUUAAAUAUUUAGAUAAUAAUGGUAAUAUUAUUAAAAAUAAUAAAUAGAUCAGUGUUUAGGACGAGAUGCCAAAUUUAAAGUCAAUACACAUUAUUUUAGGUAAAAGGUAAUUGAGGUAAUCUUAACAUUUAUUGAAAAGUUGAUAAAAAAUGUUACAGUUAAAUUAUAUUUGAGAGUUUUAUUAAGCGCAAUAUAUGCAAUUUUAUUCAUUAUAAGUGAACAUUGUUUCAAUUUGUUAGUUAAAGUUAUGCGUUGAGAAAAAGAUGUGAAAGUUGUUUUGAAUGUCUUCAUAUCAGUGUUUGGGAGUUGCGAUCGCUGCGCACGUACUAUACUGUUCAUAUCGGCCCGCCGCGCUGAGCGCGGCGCCCUCUUGCGUUUCACCGACAUAUCUGUGCGGAGUGCAUAUCAUCCUGAAUAUGCUUAUUUUAUUGCGCUUUAUAAUAUUUAUCUCUUAUAUUAAGCUGUACUUGAUAUUUAAUAUUUCAAAAAAAAAGUGAAUAACGGCCAACAUAUCACUAAAUAGACUUUGGCUAAGGCGCAUGUAACGUAUAGUUUUAUUCCUUAAUCCCAGUUUUAUUGCCCGACUUCGUUUAUCGUUAUGGCCACUGCUGUUUUAUUAUUUCAAUGUUGUUUGAGAUGUCAUUUCUAUUUUCUGAUUUUAAUGUUAAGUCUUUUGUGUGGUUAAUUUCAUCCUUAUUUUUAAUUUCAUAAUUAAACUAUUAUUAUCAUUGAUAACUUUUUGUUCUUUAUUUUCCUCCCUUCCCAUUCUACCUCCGUUCCUUUAUUUUCUAACAAACUUGAUACCAAUUGUCUAAAGUACGACAGCGGUGCAUAGAUAGAGAUACCUUUAUAAUCCGUGAUGUAAUAAUUUAUUUCAGGUUUAUGUUUUAUGCUUCACAUUAUAUUGUAUCAAAAUUAUAUAUUAAUAAUAAGUCAUUCAUGCUCGUAACCGAUUUUAAUUUAGUCCAAACCAAACCUUUUAACCAAUAUUCAAAGAGAUGAAAACUAUGUAUUUGUAAAUAAAACUUAUAAAUCUUAAAGGGGAUCAAUAUAAUGAAAUGAUGUACGUUAGUACACAAUUGGUAUUCUAGACAUAUUCGUACUAUAGAACUUUGUCUUUACGUGGUCUUCUACCACAAAUAUAUAUAUUUUGCAAAAAUUUAUGUUCUGCGCUUCGGAAUUCUAUAAUCUUCUUCUGUUGGUUUCAAGUCUGAUCAUGCAAGAAUUUAGAGAAGUUGUUUUGUUAAGGGAGUAAGGGACUUUACAUUGCCAAUGAUACGUUUUAUAUUAUUAUCAAGUGGAAUAAUACACACAGGGUAUAAUGUGAAUAAAUAUUGAAGCAGCUUCGACAUUCGAUUGUCGGGCGAUUGUUGGAUAUCCGUGCCACGUCCCUUAUUCCUGUUGCGUGGAAAGAACUGAACCAUUCCGGUCGUUGAUCUAGUAAAGAAUUUAUGUCUAACUGCCAAUUGAUAGGCUCAAUAUUGAUAUCUUACCAUAGUACCUACUAGCGAAGUACCGCAAACAUACCCACCGUAUAAAUACCGAUAAAAGAAUAUUAAAAUUAUCUUUAUAAUCAAAAUUUACCAGAUGCUAAUAAGUAUGCCUACAAAAUGGCAGUUAUUCUAAUGUUAUUUGAAUCUGCGGAUGUAAAUGUAAAUAGAUAAUAUACACAACUAUGUUAAAAUUACAAAUUAAAUGAUUAGUAUCUAUAGUAAAGAUUAACAUAAUCAUUACUUUAAGACAACUAGCUUAUAUCCUAUCUUAAUUUCAGUAGGCGCUCUAGUGUUAACACCUGUCGAGGUGAAUCUUCCUAAGAAUAUUAUCGAACUACCCUUUAUUAUUUAAAUUUACUUCAAAAUUGUGUCUGUUUUGUUGUUCACUAAAGGAUAAAAUAAUGGUGUGCAAAUUAAAGGGUUGUGUGUAAAGUUAAAAUAGUUAAAUAGAUUUAAACAAUCGUUCGUGUAACGAAGUUAUCUCAUUUUCUUGUGAAGCACAUCAACUUUGUUGCUAUCGUAGCGUGAAUUACUAUCCUAUAAAUUGAACCAUGUCAAUAUUUUAGUAUUAUUGUAUCAUGAAUCAAUAUGCCAAAGACCAAUUAUUAGGACGUUGUAACAGGGAUCUUAAUAAUUUCCAUUUUGUCUUAUCUAACUUUAAAACACAUUUGCAAGAGAAACGUUGAGAGCUUUAACAGGCGUAUUUAAAGAGAAAGUGUAUUUUGGCGAUUGUUAAUUUAAUUUUGUGAAUGCCGAUGGUCCUUGUCAAAAAAGAAAGAUUGGAACUUGACUACGUAUAACUUAAUUAUAGACCUACCCACUGUUUUAAGCCGAAACUACUAUAUAUACAUAGCAAUAAUGUAGUUAAGACGGUGUCAUGAUACAAAAUGUGGUGUUAAAAAUAACAAACACAGAAGUCUCAGGUUGUAUUGAAUUACCUAAGUAACGUAGGUACUUAAAUAGAGGGUAGGUAAUUUAUCUUUAACGCAGUCAAUCCACUUGGUCAUUGGCAGAGACUACGCGGAUACUAUAUCUACAUACAAGCAGUCAUAUAAAUUAUAAAUAUAUACACUAUUAAUAUUUAAGUGACUACCCUAUUGAACUCUAGAUUUAU